GUCGAUGGGAAAUCUUAAACAAUCUUAUAUAAGAACCUGAUAAGAUUCUUAUAAGAAUCAGAUAAGAUACUGAUAAGAGACUUAUAGGUUUCUGGUAAGAUUCUUAUAUAAGAAUCGAUCUCUAGGGAUGAUCGAAAUAAAUGAUUUAUCAUCGGAUGAAUCUCCUAAUGUUAUUUUAUCAACACCAACUGGUCGUUCAUCAUCAGAUGCUGAUGGUUCACUAUCUGAAACCUCAAUUGGUGAUAUAAAGUACGAUACAUCGAAUAUCAAAUGA